GCUAAUGCCUGCAACUGCCAACCCAUCCUGGAAGAAACUCCAAGAACUUUACGAGUCAAACAAGGACUCACUCACCCUUAACUCACUCUUCGCUCAAGAUCCGAAGAGAUUUGAGAAGCUUUCCACGGAAUUCAAGGGAAAAUACACCGACGCUAACAUCUUCCUUGAUUAUUCCAAGAACAUCGUCAAUGACGAUAUCCUCAAGUCACUCCUCUCCCUCGUCAAGGAAGCCAACGUUGAGAAGCUCCGUGAUGAAAUGUAUGCAGGUGAACACAUCAACACCUCCGAAGGACGUGCCGUUUUGCACACAGCUUUGAGAAACGUUUCAGGCGAACUCAAGCAAAAUGAGGACGGUGUACAAGACGUUACCGCAGUACUCCAACACAUGAAACAAUUCUCAGAUUCUAUCCGCGAUGAAUCAUGGAAGGGUUACACUGGUAAGCCAAUCAAGAAUGUUGUAAACAUUGGUAUCGGUGGUUCAGAUUUGGGUCCUGUCAUGGUAACUGAAGCACUCAAGUCUUACAUCAAGCGUGACAUCAACUUCCACUUUGUUUCAAACAUUGAUGGUACUCAUAUGGCAGAAGCCCUCAAGGCUUGUGAUCCAGAGAACACAUUGUUCAUCGUCGCUUCAAAGACUUUCACAACCCAAGAGACUAUCACUAACGCAACUACCGCUCGUGAUUGGUUCCUUCAAUCCGCUAAGGAUAAGGCACAUGUCGCUAAGCACUUUGUUGCACUUUCUACAAACACCGAAGCCGUCACUUCAUUCGGUAUCGCACAAGAGAACAUGUUCCAAUUCUGGGACUGGGUUGGUGGUCGUUACUCACUCUGGUCCGCUAUUGGUUUGACUAUUGCUAUUGCAGUUGGUUACGAGAACUUCCACCAAUUGUUGGCAGGUGCUCACGACAUUGAUUUACACUUCAAGAAUGCUCCACUUGAAGAGAACUUGCCAGUUUUGUUAGCAGUUCUCGGUAUUUGGUACAAUGACUUCUAUGGCGCACAAACUCACGCUAUCUUACCAUAUGAUCAAUACCUUCACAAGUUCGCUGAUUACUUCCAACAAGGUGAUAUGGAGUCAAACGGUAAAUACAUCACCAAGAGCGGUCAACACGUUGACUACCAAACUGGUCCAAUCAUCUGGGGUCAAGCUGGUACCAACGGUCAACACGCUUUCUACCAAUUAAUUCACCAAGGUACAAAGUUAAUCCCAUGUGAUUUCAUUUUCCCUGUUGAAACUCACAACCCAAUUGGUGAACACCACAAGAUUCUCUUAUCUAACGCUUUAGCUCAACCAGAAGCUUUAGCAUUCGGUAAAGAUGAAGCAACAGUUAAGAAAGAAUUAGGUGCACAAGCAUCAAAUGAAACACUCGUUAAAUCAAAGGUUUUCCCAGGUAACAAGCCAACUAACUCAUUAGUUGUACAAAAGAUUACACCUGCUACACUUGGUGCACUUAUCGCAUUAUAUGAACACAAGAUUUUCGUUCAAGGUGCAGUUUGGGAGAUCAACUCAUUUGAUCAAAUGGGUGUUGAACUUGGUAAAGUUUUAGCUAAAUCCAUUCUUCCAAAGUUAUCUGGUAAUGGUUCAACAGACGAGCUUAGCUCUUCAACAGCAGGUUUGAUUAACUACUACUUAUCACACUCAAAAUAGAUAUAACAUUCAAAUUGUAUUAAUGAAAAUUUAAAUUGUUAAAAUUAUAGUUGUUUCUUACAU